AUGGGUUUCGGACAUUUCCCCCAUAAUGAUCCUGCAGUGGGCUAUGUCAUGUUCACAGCAACGGAUGAGUGUGAAGAUGGACAGUUUCAGUGCAGUAACCAAAGGUGUAUACCGACCCUCUGGAGGUGUGACGAUGAUGACGACUGCUCAGACAACAGUGAUGAAGAAAACUGCCGUAAGAAGACAUGCGCCCCAGCGGAGUUCGCCUGCUUCAACGGCCAGUGUGUCCCGGGACGCUGGAGGUGUGACGGCGAAGUGGAGUGUCCAGACGGAUCUGAUGAGGCUGAGGAGACAUGCAGCAAACAGACAUGCCCCCCGGAGAAGUUUGACUGUGGGGGCGCCACCAACAAGUGCGUGUCCCUGUCCUGGAGGUGUGACGGAGAGAAGGACUGUGAGAAUGGAGCCGACGAAGAGGACUGUGCAGCUGAUGCCAAAGCUUGUCCGGAUGGUGAAUUCAUGUGUGCCAAUCGAAAGUGCUUGGCUGCUGUGUACGUGUGCGAUGGUGACGAUGACUGUGGGGAUGGCAGUGAUGAACUCAAAUGUACCUCUCCCAAAACCUGUGGACCCAACCAGCUCCGGUGCAACAGCUCCGAGUGUGUGCCCCUGAUGUGGAGCUGUGACGGAGACCCCGAUUGCUCGGACAGUUCGGACGAGGGACCAGAGAGAUGCGGGGGCGAGGGUGUCCCGUACAUCAACAACCGAAGAGCCAACUGCACCGAGGGGGAGUUCAGAUGUGCCAAUGGAGAGUGUGUGAGGCUGAGCUGGAAGUGUGAUGGAGACCCGGACUGCAAGGACAAAUCAGAUGAGAUAGACUGUCCCCUACUAACCUGUCGUCCCGAUGAGUUCCAGUGUGGAGACGGCUCCUGUAUCCACGGCACCAAACAGUGCAACAAGGUGCAUGACUGUCUGGACCACAGCGAUGAGACUGGCUGUGUCAACGCUACAAAAUGUGAGGGCCCCCUGAAGUUUCUUUGUAAGAAUGGAGAGUGUAUUGACAGCUCCAAGGUGUGCGACUCACACAAAGACUGCAAGGACCGAUCGGAUGAGCCCAAGAAAGAAUGUGGGUUAAAUGAGUGCAUGAUCAACAAUGGCGGCUGCUCUCACGUAUGCAUGGAUCGACCAAUUGGCUACGAGUGCCAGUGCCCUGCAGGUUAUCAGCUGCUGGACAAGAAGACCUGUGGAGAUAUUGACGAGUGUGAGAACCCAAAUGCUUGCAGCCAAAUUUGCAUUAACUACAAGGGAGAUUUCAAGUGUGAAUGUUAUGAAGGUUAUGAGAUGGACCCUGUCACAAAGACCUGUAAAGCUGAGGGAAAAAGCCCGUACCUGCUUUUCACCAAUCGUCAUGAGAUCAGGAGGAUGGACCUGGGGAAGCGCGAGUACAGUCAGGUAGCGUCAACGCAAAAGAACGUUGUGGCGCUGGACCUGGAUGUGGCUAAUAACCGAGUGUUCUGGUGUGACCGGUUUCACAGGAAGAUCUACAGCGCAUUCAUCCAUGAGGCCAGUGACCCGUCCCAGCAGGUCCCCCUAGUGGACUCUCUGCUGCAGACGCCCGUGGGCCUGGCUCUGGACUGGCUCCAACACAAUCUGUACUGGACAGAUUCUGGGGACAAGUCCAUCUCUGUGGCUUCAGUGGACGGAACCAAGAGACGAGUCUUGAUCAACACAGACCUGAGUGAGCCGCGAGCUAUCGCCCUGGACCCUCACCACGGCUUUAUGUACUGGUCUGACUGGGGCACCCGAGCGAAGAUUGAAAAAGCCGGCAUGAAUGGAGUGGAUCGCCAGGUGUUGGUGGCUGAUAACAUUGAAUGGCCCAAUGGAAUCACAUUAGAUGUAGCCAACAGACGCUUGUACUGGGUGGACUCCAAACUGCACCACAUCUCCAGUGUGGAUCUGAACGGGGCGCACCGCAGGACCCACCUGUCAUCUGUGGAGAGACUGGGACACCCCUAUGCCCUGGCUGUUUUUGAGGAUCGAAUCUACUGGACUGAUCGAGACAGAGCUGCAGUCUUUAUGGCCAACAGGCUCACGGGGCAGGACAUCCACACACUGGCUGAAAACCUCAACGACCCUCAUGACAUUGUAGUCUUCCAUCAGCUCCGGCAGCCUCCAGGUCCAGACAGCUGUAAUCUCGGCAGUGUGGCAAAUGGUGGGUGUGAGUACUUGUGUCUGAAGGCUCCUCAGAUCACAGAGCACUCGCCCAAAUACACCUGCGCCUGCCCCGACGGACAAGACCUGGGCCCAGACAUGAGGGGCUGUGUGCCAGGAGCCCCCAGAAAGGUGGUGACCUCAACACCGUCUGUCGAAGCAAUUCCAGGCACAAGUACCGCUGCAGGGGAGGAUUUUACCAUUUCCUCUGGUGGAUACUCACCAGCUGACACUGCCUCUCACCUCACUACUGCGCCCCCUACGUCUUUGGAGCCCCUUACACCCUUCCCAUCACUGAAGCCUGUCCCGUCAGUAGAGUCUAAGGCACUUGGCUCGCACUCCACUGCCACAGCCAUGGUCAUGCCCACCACGCCAGCAGGAGACAGCAGCGUGUCUCAGCAUUCGGGAGGUGAGCAUUUCCUCAUGGGAGAGAACCUGACAGUAGCGGUCCUGGGAGUGGUCAUCCCCAUUGUUCCUAUCGUUGCCACAGUGGUGUUUGGACUGGUCUGCGCUGGAGUCUACAUGGUCUGGAGGAACUACCGCCGUAACUCCACCAAGAGCAUGAACUUUGACAACCCUGUGUACCGUAAGACCACAGGGGAGGGGGAAGAGGACGAGAUCCACAUUGGCCGGACUGAUGCCAUGGCACACCACACACACCACCACCCUUACCCCCAGGGCGUCAGCAUGGGGGUGGUUGGAGCAGGAGGGGGCACCUGUCCUCAGUUCAUUGCACUGCCUUUAGGGGGCAGUAUGCCUGACCCUGGAACUCACUGGUAUACGGAGCAACCUAUGCUAACCACUACUAAGUGA